AUGCAUCCUGGCUCCGUCCUGGUGCUCGCCUUGCUGGCGGGUGCCCAAGCGGCCGAUACUGUCCAGUACGGUGCGUUCCUCAAGACCGCGACGUACUCGGUGGCCAACGCGCUCGGCUUCUUCACCAAGAACAACCUGGAAGUCGUAUACAACCAGGUGCCUAAUAGCACCGCAGCCUUUGACUCGAUACUUGAUGGGCAAUACGACAUCCUGACAGCAACCGUCGACAAUGCGCUCAACUACCGCUUCAACCAGGCCCAGCCCAUCACUGUACUUGGCCAGCUGGACCAGGGCCCGGGUCUUGUCCUCGCUGCCGUGCAGUCAAUUACCAGUGCGAAGCAGCUCAAAGGCAAGCCUAUCAUUGUCGACUCGCCGGUCAGCGGCUACGCCUACCUGCUACGUAAGAUCCUCUCAUCCCACGGGCUAGAGCUGGGCGCCGACUACUACUUCAUGACCGUGGGUGGCACCGCGGCGCGCUACUCAGCUCUAUUAACCGGCCAGCUGCCGAACGGCACUGCCGUCUACGCCACAAUCCUCAACUACCCCUUCACCGAGCAGGCCGCCGCUCUGAACACAGGCAAGGCGCCGUCGAUCCUGGGCGCUGUCGCCGACGUUGUCGCGCCCAUUACCUCCAGCGCCUUCACCAUCCGCCAACAGUCCCUCGCGGAUCCCGUGACGCACGAUCGCCUCGUCCGUUUCACUCAGUCCAUGUACGCCGCCAAUGAGUACCUGCUCGAGCCCCGCAACAAAGAGUGCGCCGUCUCCGCCAUCGCCGCCCAGCUCAACAUCACCUCGGCCAUUGCCCAGUCCGCCUACACCGACGCCAUCAACUCGCUGACGGGCGAGGUGUCCCCCGACGGGAGUUUUGGCGUCAGCACACAAGGCAUCCGCAACGUCAAGGACGUUAGGGCCCAGUACGGCGGUUUCGCCGGCGCCCCGGCGGGCUUGGAUUUUGACGCUGCCCUGAGACCAGGCCCAGGCCAGCUGAUCGACUAUGGCAUCCGCGACGAGGCUGUGUUACGCCAGACAUUAAGCCCACUUAAAAGCACGUGCGAGCCUUCCACUGUCAACAUGCAGGCCCGCAGCGGGGAUCUCGGCGCUUGAAAACUCGUCAGUGGUGGACAAUGUUGUGCAAAGAGACAACGGCACGGUUAACCAAUCGGGUCCGUUCGAAUUAUGUGAGCUUAUGAAUAUGACAGCCUUCAUUAUAAUAGAGAGAGACAGGC